GCCUGGGAGAUGUAGUCUUCGGACCGUCCCCGCUAGAGGCUGCACAGCCCGCCGGGACCCCCGCCGCCGUGCCCGCCGCCGCUGGGCCGGCGCCCUCCCGUUUCCUUCCUCCAGGGGGAAAAAAAUGUCCUUCGGGCCGCUGUCCGGGAAGCGGCAGCAUGUGGCGCUCCGCUGUCAGUAGCAACAAGGUCAGCGCCCCUUCUCCGCGUCUUGCCCCCUCAGCUCUCGCGCUCAGGUGGGACAGAGCCAGCUGCGCAAACCAUGCAGGAUGAUUUACUGAUGGACAAAAGCAAAACCCAGCCCCAGUCUCAGCAGCAGCAGCAGCAGCAGCAGCGGCAGCAGCAGCAGCAGCAGCAGCAGCAGCAGCAACAGCUCCAGCCUGAGCCCGGCGCAGCUGAAGCCCCGUCCACGCCCCUCUCCUCCGAGACCCCCAAGCCCGAGGACAGUAGCGCAGUGCCGGCCCUCAGCCCCGCCUCGGCUCCGCCAGCCCCCAACGGUCCGGACAAGAUGCAGAUGGAGUCACCGCUCCUGCCGGGCUUGAGUUUCCAUCAGCCCCCUCAGCAGCCGCCGCCGCCGCCGCAGGAGCCCGCGGCGCCCGGAGCGUCGCUGUCGCCGUCCUUCGGUAGCACCUGGUCCACGGGCACUACGAACGCGGUGGAGGACAGCUUCUUCCAGGGGAUCACCCCAGUCAACGGGACCAUGCUCUUCCAAAACUUCCCGCACCACGUCAACCCGGUCUUCGGAGGCACCUUCUCGCCGCAGAUCGGCCUGGCGCAGACCCAGCACCAUCAGCAGCCACCGCCGCCCGCGCCGCAGCCGCCGCAGCCCGCGCAGCCCCCGCAGGCGCAGCCCUCGCAGCAACGCCGCUCGCCCGCCAGCCCCAGCCAGGCGCCCUAUGCGCAGAGGAGCGCCGCCGCCUAUGGCCACCAGCCCAUCAUGACCAGCAAGCCGUCCUCAUCCUCGGCCGUCGCGGCUGCUGCGGCCGCGGCCGCUGCCUCUUCGGCCUCGUCCAGCUGGAACACGCACCAAAGCGUGAACGCCGCCUGGAGCGCUCCGUCUAACCCGUGGGGUGGCCUGCAGGCUGGCCGAGAUCCUCGCCGCGCGGUCGGCGUGGGCGUGGGUGUAGGUGUGGGGGUGCCCUCCCCGCUUAACCCCAUCUCGCCGCUCAAAAAGCCCUUCUCCAGCAAUGUGAUCGCUCCACCCAAGUUCCCUCGUGCAGCCCCGCUCACCUCCAAGUCUUGGAUGGAGGAUAACGCUUUCCGGACCGAUAAUGGUAACAAUCUGUUGCCUUUUCAGGACCGGAGUAGGCCCUAUGACACUUUUAACUUGCACUCCUUGGAGAACUCCUUAAUGGAUAUGAUAAGGACUGACCAUGAGCCUCUGAAAGGUAAACACUACCCUCCCAGUGGCCCACCAAUGAGUUUCGCUGAUAUAAUGUGGAGGAAUCAUUUUGCAGGACGCAUGGGAAUAAAUUUCCACCAUCCAGGAACUGAUAACAUUAUGGCACUUAACAGUCGGUCUUCUCUCUUUCCCUUUGAAGACGCCUUCUUGGAUGACAGCCAUGGUGAUCAAGCCUUAUCAUCUGGCUUAAGUUCUCCCACUCGAUGUCAAAAUGGGGAACGAGUGGAACGCUACUCUAGAAAGGUGUUUGUUGGAGGCCUUCCUCCUGACAUCGAUGAAGAUGAGAUCACUGCCAGCUUUCGCAGGUUUGGACCUCUUGUCGUGGACUGGCCUCAUAAAGCUGAGAGCAAGUCAUACUUCCCCCCGAAAGGCUAUGCUUUCCUGCUGUUCCAGGAGGAGAGCUCGGUGCAAGCUUUGAUAGACGCCUGCCUAGAGGAAGAUGGGAAACUGUACCUGUGUGUGUCCAGCCCCACCAUCAAGGAUAAGCCGGUGCAAAUCCGACCGUGGAACCUAAGUGACAGUGACUUUGUAAUGGAUGGCUCUCAGCCUUUGGACCCCAGAAAAACUAUCUUUGUUGGGGGAGUUCCACGGCCCCUUCGAGCUGUUGAACUGGCAAUGAUAAUGGACCGUUUGUACGGUGGUGUUUGCUAUGCUGGCAUUGACACGGACCCAGAGCUGAAGUACCCGAAAGGUGCUGGGCGUGUUGCGUUCUCCAAUCAGCAGAGCUACAUUGCAGCCAUCAGUGCGCGCUUUGUGCAGCUUCAGCACAACGACAUUGACAAACGGGUGGAGGUGAAGCCGUACGUGCUGGAUGACCAGAUGUGUGACGAGUGCCAGGGCACUCGCUGCGGUGGGAAGUUUGCCCCGUUCUUCUGUGCCAACGUCACCUGCCUGCAGUACUACUGUGAAUACUGCUGGGCCAGCAUCCACUCCCGAGCUGGCCGUGAGUUCCACAAACCGCUGGUGAAGGAGGGAGGCGACCGCCCCCGGCACGUCCCAUUCCGCUGGAGCUGAGCCCCGGGCCGACACAGCUACAAGUACUGGAGUAGAUCACAAGGAGGAAGAGAGGGCACUGCCUCAGGGCUCAUGGUGUUCUGGAAAUCUGUGCAUUCGUUCUCGAUUUUUAAAGAAGAAAUGGGUCUUUUUAUUAUUAUUAUUAUCAUUUACAGUCAUAUUACUGAACUCAGCGUCCAGUAUAAUGCAGAAUCGCAGAGUGUAUCGGUACCAUUUGCACUUCUGACUCCCACCUUGUCUGCUCGGUACCUUGAUUUCUUACACCUGACCUGUCCCUCCACAGUGUGUAGACCGCCAUCUCAUCCGCAGCCGUCGGGUUGACGUCUGUGACUCUGUGUUUGAUGUUGUGUUGUCGUUGCUCAGAUUGGUCUUGAACUGGAGCACGUGCUUAUUUUUAGAGACUUAGAGAGUCACCCCUAGGACAAGACUUACCACAGGCCACACGUGCACGUGGAGGCCGAUGUAGCAAACACUUUACAAUCAGCAAUCAGUAGUGGGGGCGAGUAGAGUAAGGGUAGCCCUUAAUGAACGAAGCCUGUAGUCGCUCUGUACUUUGGCGUGGACGGAUACCUCACAAGCUGGGUCUUUCAGUUUCCUUCAUGUUUGAUUUUUGUUUUGCUGAGGAUUUGGGUUAGAUCUUUUAGUGUUAUGUAAAUUUAUGCUGCAAUAGCUUUUGCUGCUAUUAAAAUGGUAUUGUUGAUACCAUAAUACUCUAUUCAGGAUAGGGUAUCAAUUAAAAACAAAAACAAGAACCCAACAACACACUUUUGUGGUUUAGGGAUAGAGCCAGCUGCCGGAGGGCAAUCAUAAGAGAGCAGAGAGCCACGGGAGGCCGCCGUCCUGACUGCAUGCUUACUUAACGCGGUUGCUGCAUGCAAUAAAGUUUAUAUCCAAUGUCUAGUAUAAAACCUUCCCACAAUGCACAAAUUAAGAAUCUAUAUAAGCUAUAAAAUACUCAUUUUCUAAAAAGGAUUUCUUUUUCAUUCAAAGAAUUGGUAAUCUGUGGGAGGAAGGCAUACCUCAGAGGGUGGAAUGCUUGUGGACAGGAAGAGCCCAUAACAGGACGACCUUUAUUACGACCAAUAGAGACCCUAGUGUAGGAUGGUCUUCCAGCAACCCCGUGGGUGGGAGAUGGUGUACUGCGGUGCUCUGUUACAUAUUGUGCAAUUUAUUUUAUAUAGUGAAGUGAUUAUGUCUAACUGUGAUCAAACGUAACUGUUUGAAGCCUCUGUGUCAGACAUUGAUGAGCCUGACGGUUCGUACCUGGUGAACGAACACAUGGGCUCUGAGCCAUGGCCUCCCAGUGCUUGCACCACUCCACAUAGCCUCAGUCCUGUCCAGAAAGCCAAAGAGCUCAUCUUAGCUUACAGACACUAAGAACACAGCAUCUAGAAUGAGUCAGCAGACUGAUACGGAGGCUCAGAGCUAAGGAGGCCACGGGAGGUGAUGCUAAAGGAUGUCUGCACCAACUCUGGGCAGACGGGGCCUUCUGCGAGACAGUGACUGCUUAGUUCCCUGGAUGUAUCCUGUGUAGCUUGAAUAGAGUGAAGCCCUGCUUGUGCUAGCUUGUGCUAGCCUGUGCUAGCCUGUGCUAGCCUGUGCUAGCCUGUGCUAGCCUGGGCCUUCUGUUAGAAUUCACUUCUGGGCUUCAGAAAGUAAUGGAGACACACAUGGUGAUUGCAAGACUCUGUAAUGCUUUUUAAACCUUUCUUCCUUUGUUUUGGAUUCUGGGGACAAUCUGACUGGGUGUGGCACUGCAGAGUAGACAGAAGUCAAUGUGUCUUUUGUGCUGUGACGUCCUUGUUCUGUCUUGAAGUUAGUGUUGCAGUGGUUUCUGUUAUAGUUUGUUCCUUUUUUCUCUCCAGUGUUUAGUUGUGAAUACUGGCUCUCCAGCUACAGUUUGUUUUUGGGGAAAAAAAAAGGAGAAACAAAAUAGUUUUUUACUGAAUUAAAAGAUGCCUAUUAGAACUCUUCCCCCUUCCGGUUUUCUCUGGGCCUUUUGGUAAUAACCGCUCUUCUGCAGCCCACAUGUGCUUUGCUUUGCUUUGGUUCCUUUUUCUAUGUUUGUGUUUUGCCUUUUCUUUUCAUCUGUAUGGGAACUUUUGUUACGCACUACUACUUUUUAUAUUCUAGAACGUUUUCAAAAGUUGGCUGAUGAUUUUCGCUUGUUUGUUUUUAAGGAAAAAGGCAUGCUUUCUGACUGACAUGAUCUUUUGCAAUACCUCAAUUUUGAAAUAUAGGAAAGAAAAUGAUAUUUUCUAAGUAAGUUUAUUCAGAAAAUAUAUAUUAAUUUAAUUCUGCAAGAAAAUGAUUUAACAGAUGGGUAACUUUAUUUUUUUCAUGCUUAUUUGUGUUUUUUGAAAAUGAAGAAGUCAGAGCUUUAUAACUAUAAUAUUAAAGAUCAUAUCUAACCUACAGAAAUCUACCUAAUUAUGUGAAACAUGCAAAUGUUUGGAAGAAGCACCCCUCUUUCAUGUACUAAAAUAACCCUGAGCUCUAGAGGAGCCGGAAGACUGUGCAGCGUGAGCUAACGCAAAGGCCACAGUGUCACAGAGACCAGGUUGUCAGAGAGACUCCACUUGGUGCUGAGGGCUGUGACUUGGGUGACAGAAACUGCUUUCCCUUAAUUUGUAUAUUUAUAAUCAAGUGUUGAUUGUGUGACUGACCAGGAUUGUGAAAGAGUUCUUCUGUUUGUAUUUUUUUAAAGAAAACUUUUUUAGUUUAUUAAAUUAUAACAUGUUCCCUUUUGUUUUGUAAAUAAGUGUGCCCCCCCUCCCCAAGUUCUUAAUGUUAUAUUAAAAGAGAGGGUCCUUCAAAAAAUUAUUUUUUAAAAAAAACAGAGGUAUUCUGCCCUGCAACUUGACUGGGAAGCCCCUGGGUAACACAGGUCCGCUGUGGCCUUUCCUGACGGGACACUUGAGCUGGUGGGUUUUUGAAGGCUGUAACAAACCUCGACUCUUUGUUGUUACGUGCAAUACUGUUUGUACUGUUUGUAUAAAAAAUAGAAAAAAAAAGAAAAGAAAAAAGGCAUAAAUCUUUAUUGCAGAUUUAUUUUCAUUGCAGACUUUAGACAUUGUGGCUCACAGAGGUCAUUUUCUACUGUCAGAUACGUACCUUUCCUCAUGCUGGUAUUUUUUCAAUAGUAACGUAGCCUUUGUACUGAGACAAAUUUUCAUUGUUAUUUUUAGAAAGAUUUUUUGCUAAGAAAAAAAUUAAACAUAUUUACAUAUUUUUCAUUUUAUUUCGUAUUUUCUUUAAGGAGUGCUUUCUCAAUCAUUACUAGAGUUGUUUCUGGGAGGGACUUUCAUAUCUGGUCAACGUCAUAAUAUUAUUUUGUAUUUUUACUUGGAAUAAAUUAAUUUUAUGAUGCUAAUUCUUUAAAGGUUUAUUUUUUUCAUUUUCAGUUAUUUUUGAAGCUAAAACCUUUGUAAUAUUGUUACUAAAGUGUCUAGUUUUUUGAAAUGCAAAGCUUUAUGUAUUAACUUGCCGAUGUGGUUUACAAUACGACAAGGGUGGAAAUGGUUGGUUCUGUAAAGUGACAAGGACUGUAACGGACAAUUGGAUAAUAAAACAAUGGAAUGAGCAGAA